CCAAAAAUUGUUUUAUUUUAAAAUAUAUUUUCUGUAGACAUUUUAUUCUUUUGUGAAUAAAGUAAAUAAUCAUGCCUCGUCAACCUUAUAUUUCAAAUUACAAUUUAAAGAGGCAAGAUAAGAAGAAGACAAAUUUGACGACUUGAAUAUUAAAACCUUUCAAAAUAAAGUUUCGCACCAAGUUGGACGCAUUGAUUUAUCAUUUCCUGAAACUGUUGAAGAAUUUAAGGAUUCUAUUCACUGCCAUCCACGAUCCUACUAUACUAUAUCAGCUAAAGAACGGCUACUGUUAUUAUAUGCAGAAAAUUUUCGACACCAGUUUGUUAUUAACAAUUCGAAUAGACGUCCCCUAGUUUUAGCCCUGCCCAAUGAAUAAAUUCGUAUGUGCCACAAUACGACCUACAUCAUUUCUCCAUAAACCUUUAAUUAGAAAUGCGGAAGAGUGUGCUAGUAUCGUUGCAGAUUUCAUUAUUUACGAACCAUUAGAUGAUAUGAUGAGUUUUGUUUUAAAACUGUUAUUGAAUAAUGAAAACAGUCGUUUUCUUGUAUAAUACGAAAUUAAAAUAAAAGAUACAUAAGUAUAUACAAAUAUUAUAUACAUAUGUAUUUUAAGAGGUUUACUAUUGUCCAAUUCACAAUCGA